AUGACAAAACCCACAACCACAACCACCACCCCAACAACGAACGGAGCAACCAACCCCCAACAACCUCAUAAACGUCGCCGCCGCCGCCGCUCCACCACAAAACCCGCCAAACCCCCCACUCCGCCCGCCUCAACCGACAUCGACCACUGGUUCCAAAGCGGGCCCUUCUCAGCGCUCCCACAAGGCGCCUCUCCCGCCGAGGUCGAGGCAGACCUUAAGCGCAUACGCGCCGCUGUAGCCCGCCUUGCGAACAUACUCCUCGGCGCCGCCGUUGGCAUCGGCGGCAUCUCGCCCGUGUGCGAAGCGCAGCAAGAGCAGGAGGAGGCGCUGUUUGUGCGCGGUGUGUCAUUAUCGCCGAGGAAAGAGGGUGGGAGAGGGCGGUCUCCAGGGACGGCUGCUGAGCCGCUUACACCAGAAUCAUUUUAUGGCGAGGAUACCGUGGGGGAGAGGGAGAAGGAAAGGAAAAGGAAGGCAAGGAGAGAGGCGGAGGCUGCUCCUCGGGUCCGUUCGCCCACGGGCGUGAGGAGAGAGAGGCACAAGGGGUCGGGCGGAGUCCCGGCGAGAAAGCACCGGGCGAGGUUCAGUCCUUACACGACGACGACAUAA